UACACAACAAUAUAUAUUUUCUCCAUUAAAAGAAACAAUAUAUAUCUUCCAUUUUGCAAUGGCUUUAAGCUCCAAACUCAUGAUCAAGUGUUGGUUGCUACUGAAUAUUACAUUUCUGAUUGGGAUAAGUACCUCAGUCGGUCAGCUAACCAAUGAAAUGUACUAUGAUAAUACGUGUCCCAAUGCUCUUGUUGCAAUUCAACAAGCAGUGCAAAAUGCUGUGUUAGGAGAGGCUCGCAUUGGAGCAUCCUUGCUUCGACUCCAUUUUCAGGACUGCUUUGUUCAAGGAUGUGAUGGAUCAGUAUUGCUAGACGACACGUCAAGUUUCAAAGGUGAGAAGAAUUCUUUACAAAACGCAAACUCGCUAAGAGGUUUUGAGUUAAUUGACGACAUCAAAUCUACAUUGGAGACAAUGUGUCCUAAUGUUGUCUCUUGUGCUGACAUCUUAACCGUUGCUGCUAGGGAUGCUGUUGUUCUUCUUGGCGGACAAAGCUGGAAUGUACCAUUAGGCAGAAGAGAUUCAACAACAGCAAGCUUAGAUGCAUCAAAUUCUGACAUUCCAGCUCCCUCCUUGAACCUUGAUGGCCUUAUCGCCACUUUCGCCAGGAAAAAUUUCACUGCCCUAGAGAUGGUUACUUUAUCAGGUGCUCACACAAUAGGGGAUGCAAGGUGCACUUCAUUCAGAGGAAGGAUUUACAACGAAACAAACAUAGACCCUUCAUUUGCUGAAUCAAAGAGGUUAUUGUGUCCCUUCAAUGGUGGUGAUAACAAUAUAUCAACUUUAUCCAAUAGCUCAAUUAAUUUUGAUAAUACUUACUACAACGACUUGGUGAGUAAAAAGGGUUUGCUACACUCUGACCAACAACUGCUUAAUGGAUUAUCCACUAGCAAUCAAGUCAUAGCAUAUACCACAGACAAUGAAAGUUUUAAAAGGGACUUUGCAAAUGUAAUGCUCAAGAUGGGUAUGCUUAGCCCACUUACUGGCUCUGAUGGUCAGAUCCGGCAAAACUGCAGGUUCAUCAAUGCUUAAAUUAAUCACCCAAUAUAGGAAUAUAUACUAUUUGGUGUGUUUCUUCUUUCAAUUAAGAAUAAAAUAAUCAAAAGAUUUGAUUUGUAAUCUGAAAUUAAUUUUGUGUUCCAUUACUACUGCAACUUGUUCAUAAUGUGUUUCGCAUGCAGCAACAUGUCGCAGAUAUUUAUGUAAUAACAUCUUAAAAGCACUUUUGACUCC